ACGUACAGAAGAAAUCGUAAAUUGACAGUUGUUUACUAUGAAGUUAGUUAAGCCUAACCUACAAAAAUACAAACAUGACAGAGGUUAAUAUUCAAAAUUUUGAAGAAUUAUUUCCAGAUAUAAAAAAAUCAUUAGAAGAAGCAAAAUUUAUAAGUAUUGAUUCAGAAUUCAGUGCUCUGUAUCCUCUUAAAGAACAGUCUCCGAGCUUAUUUGAUACUCCCAAUGAGAGAUACCAAAAAUCAAGAAAAAAUAUUCAGUUUGUUGUACCUAUACAAAUUGGUUUAACAGCGUUUACUUUUAAUCCAGAUACGAAUACGUAUUUGGGUAAAAUUUAUAAUUUUUACGUUACCCCAGCCACAUUUCCUUUCGUGGAAAAGCAGUUUAUGUUCCAAUCAACUACUUUAAAUUUUCUCAAGUAUUAUGGAUUUAAUUUUAAUAAGUUUGUUCAUUUCGGCAUCCCUUAUAUCAACAAGGAUCAAGAGCUAGAAUUGAGACAGAGAUUUAAAAAUGAUGAUGUAACAGAAGUACAAAGUUUAUUUCAACAUGUUAUAACUGAAAUUUUACACCAUCAUGGGCAACAGGUACAAAAAUGGUAUGCAACAGCAAAAAUUGGAGAUACUCUAACACUACCUGAAAUUUCUGAAGUAUGCCAAAAAAACUAUGAAAUUAGCUACUUUUUGCAUAAAAGUUUGAGAAGACGUUUUAAGGAUAUUUGGACUUUAAUUGAAAACAAAGAAUUUGUGAUAAAAAAGGUAUCACCAGAUGAUAUGAAAAUGCUGAAUCAAUCUCGAAAUUUAGAGGAAGAUUUAAUAAGUGAUAUUUUAGGAUUUGGUAAAGUGUUUAGAUUAUUAGUGUCGCUGCAAAAACCUAUAGUCGCUCAUAACGCAAUGCAAGAUAUACUACUGUUGAUACAAUGCCUGGAAACUUCGCUUCCUAAUUGUUAUAAAAAAUUCAAAAAAUUAACAAACAAUUUAUUUCCGAAAAUCUUCGAUACCAAAACGAUUUCAUAUGAAAUUCGAAAUCUAGUACCAGAAGAUAAGAAAUGGAAAGAUACUAGCUUACAAUCCUUAUUUGAAUAUUUCAAAGAUGGAACAGGCAGGCAUUUAGCUAUAAAUUCACCGGGAAUAGAAACUGAUUGUGUUGAUUGCAUGGGAAAAUACCACGAAGCGGGGUGGGAUUCAUUUUGUUCCGGAUAUAUUUUUAUAAGAAUGGCAUACCUUAAUGUUUUCCAGAAGUAUCCAAAAUCUAAAAAAUUUAUGUGUACAGAACUCAUAGCCGGUCUUGAUGGUUGUAAAAAUCGACUUAAUGUUAUAAGGGGAGCUGUAUCUUCAAUAAAAAUUGAUGGAGACGAUCCAGUAUCUACAAGACCGCCAUAUUUGGUUGUAGAAUCCACCAAAAACAUGCCUUUAAAUAUUUCUAGGGUAUCAUGCAUCCUUAGUUCAUUUGGUUUCGUUGAAAUUCGUAGGUUUCCUUAUCAAAAUAAACGGGCAUUGAUAGUAGUUGACAACUUUGGGAGUGCUAGAAGGAUUUUAAAUAAUUUUAAAACAAAUAGCGACUAUCGAAUUCAGCAGUACAACUUCCUGAAGCAUUCGACUGCCAUCCGCAUGUGCCUUUUGAGUGGGAUGACCAUAUCAGGAAUACUUUUAUUAUGUAUAACGAGUGGCGCUAUAAAAAGAUGACGUAAACGUUUUUUUUAUAUAUAAAAUUUUGUACAUGUAUUUUCUAUAAUUAGAUGUAACUGAAAAAUGAAUCAAAACGAUUAUAAUCCA